CCACCAGCGCUAAGCUUGGCUGCCGAGGCUCUCCAGGCGCGCGGUUUGGAGCGCUCUUCUCCCUCGGCUUCCUUCGCCGUCUCUGCGUCCUCGCUGCCGCCAGAUACCACGAUGCGCCCGCCCGAGUGGCAGGGGAUGCUCCGGAGGACAGAAUGGUGGCUGGCCCAGGGCGGGCAGCUCCCCGAAGCCCUUCAGCUCUGUCAGCUGGCCUCGGGCCACCCUCGGCAGCUGCGCGCGGAGCAAAUGGGCGAGUUGGUGGAUUGCAUGGCGCGCAGCAUCCGCAUGAAAAGCGGCUCUGUUAUAGCAGGGACAGUGCCCGGCACGGAUCCGGGACGUGAAUGGGAGGUCUUCGGUUGCCGCAAAUGCCAAGGUUUCCUCUACGAGCCUGUCUCGUUGCUCUGCGGCCACACUUUUUGCAAAAAGUGCCUGGAGAAGGAGAGGAGCCAGGCGGCAACGGCGGCAGGAUGCAGCCUCUGUCCAGAGGGCAAGAGCGUUCAACCCCGGCUCCGGAUAAAUGUCAUCCUCAGCAACCUGUUGGCCAAAUGUUUUCCUGGAAGAGUGAAGGCGUCGCGGCUCCGGCAUGAAGGGAAUCUCUUAUAUAAGGAGAAGAAUUUGCAGGCUGCCCUUCAGAAGUACAACGAAGCAGUCCGAUUAGCGCCCAAUGAUCAUUUGUUAUAUAGCAACCGGUCCCAGAUUAACUCAACUUUGAAAUGUUGUGAAGAAGCUUUGAAUGAUGCGGAAAUGGCCUGUAGUCUCCAGCCAUUGUGGGUAAAGGGUCACUUACGGAAGGGACAAGCCCUUGUUAAACUUGGGAAAACAGAAGAAGCUUUACAGGAGUUUUUAUUCUGCCUUGCCUUGGAUGCUGGGAACAAAACUGCCAGAUCAGAAGCUCAAAGGGCAAAUAUGGACAAGGAAAUGCACUUUGCUCUCCAUGAGGGUCAGAAAGCAGCUGACCACAGUGGCUUGGAAAAGUCCACCCCAGUGGCAGGGAGCAUGAAAGGAAGCUUGGUCAAGAGAAGGCACGCCUCUUCAGCGACUGAGACAGCCAUCCUUAUAUCUGAGAAGUGCCAUCUUCUAAAGAGAAAACACUACUCUGAUAAGGCCCCAAACACUGACCCACCUAGGAAAAUUAUGAAAAGGGAUGCAAGUGAGGGGAAAGGAUCCGGUGCUGGGAAGAGUGUUCUGUUUCAAUUUGUGGAACCAUCAGAUAUGGAGUGUUCGUUGUGCAUGAGGCUCUUCUACGAACCUGUCACCACCCCUUGUGGACAUACCUUCUGCCUGAAAUGCCUUGAAAGAUGUUUGGAUCACAACCCAAAAUGCCCCCUGUGCAAAGAGGGUCUCUCGGAGUGUUUGGCAACGAGGAAACACUGUAAGACAGUGCUGAUGGAAGACUUAAUUGCAAAGUACCUUCCUGAGGAACUCAUAGAACGAAGGAAGCUUCACGAAGAGGAAAUUGCUGAACUUUCCAACUUGAAUAACAACGUUCCCAUCUUCGUCUGCACAAUGGCCUACCCCACCGUCCCUUGCCCGCUGCACAUCUUUGAACCAUGCUACCGACUGAUGAUCCGCAGAUGCAUGGAAACUGGCACCAAGCAGUUUGGGAUGUGCAUUGGGGACCCUGUCAAAGGAUUUGCAGAUUAUGGCUGUAUUCUGGAGAUAAGAAAUGUGGAGUUCUUUGCGGAUGGCCGAUCUGUGGUUGACAGUAUUGGCAAGAGGAGGUUCAAAGUGUUGCAGCAUGGCCAACGCGACGGAUACAACACUGCAGACAUUGAGUACAUAGAAGAUCAGAUGGUGCAAGGAACAGAAAAUGCUGAGCUGAUUCUCCUUCACGAUUCUGUGUAUGACCAGGCCUACAAGUGGUUUGAUUCCCUCAAGACAGCGCUCAAGAGUCGUAUCCUCAGUCACUUUGGUCCAAUGCCUGCCAAGGAUUCAGAUCCACAGUGCAACCCAAAUGGCCCUGCCUGGUGCUGGUGGAUGCUUGCUGUCCUUCCUCUUGAGAGCAGAGCCCAGCUCCCGUUUCUUGCCAUGACAUCCCUGAAGGACCGUCUCUGCGGCAUCAGGCGCGUUCUUGCCUUUAUGUCCUGCCCGAGACCACGGUGAUAAGCGGCACAAGAGAUCCUGUGAAUCCUGUUGGAAUACUUGAGAGUCUCUCUCGGCUAACGGUGGCUGUUUCCUUACACUGAUGACUUCUUGAGCUUUCUCUCCUGCUAUUACAUCUCAUUGUCUCGGGCUGUUGUGCAGAAGAGAGUGGUGGCAGGCAGGCAUUUGUAAUGCAAAUGAACAUCCUGGCAAGCUUCAGGCUUUUCCAUUCUCAUUUUGCCAGCUGAGAAGCAAGAACUGCAGUGUUAAGCUUCAUGGGUGGAACAGCCCUUUAACAAGUUGCAAUGAUGUGUUAACAGAGAAGGAUUUUUUGGAGCAAGAAAUGGCUCUGACUUGAGUUCAACACAGCAAAAACUAUAGCUACUGUGCGGGGAGCAUGCAGCACGAUUCCCAAGCACGUUCUACUCGGAAGUAAGUCCUGAAAAGCGUGAC